GCUUGUUAGUAAAAGAAGCCUGUAGACGGCUGUUUUUAAACAAAGGCAUUCAGCUCGCUUUAGCCUAAUUACCUUGUUGUUAGCUACAUUGGAUAACAUCUACAGAAAGGUGACUUUUUUUAAUGGUAUUGCAUUAAAAAGAAAGAUAAAGUGGUGCUGAGCCGUGUUUCUAAUGCACUAAGCUGCAUACAUGGACUACUUGGCUGGACGUGUGACACACUGAGCAGGAGAGGUAGAGAGCAAAGCCACGGCUAACUGCUAAGCUAAAGUAUGGAAGCUAAUGAGAUCAAAGCGUAUUACGCAUUGCUUGUCACUUUGGUGACUUGCUGUGUGCAGCUUACAUAUUACAUAUUAACGUUAGUCCAGUUUCCAUUUUCCAUCAUUCGUAAAUAUUUUGUGGUCGCAGAUCCCUCUGCUAGUAAGUCCAGGUGUGCAAGAAGGUACCACAUGUGAGAGGGUUUUCUUAUAGAUUUACUCUUGAAUCACGACUGGGAAUUGUUUGCAUGGCCAGCCUCACUGACCUCAGGUCAGAGGUCAUGACCCAACAGUAUGAGAGCCGGGGCGUCCAUGGGACAGUUCCAAGAGGAAGCCACUGCUCACUGAGAAGAUCCCAAAGGCUUUCCUCACAAUCACUAAAAAGCACCUUGAUGAUUCCCAAGACAGCAUUUCAUAAAAGCCCAUCAUGCCACACUCAAGCAUUAUUUUAAUAGUGCACAUUCAAAUAAGGCACCUUUUGUGGUGCAUGGGGCACACCCUGCUGAGCUGGCCCAACCUGUCUGGAAUGUGGCAUCAGCUGGAAUGGGGCGGGACAUGUUACAUAAAGUCUAGGUUAAUUUCAGACACAAUGAGAAAACAAACCGUGUGAACCAUUUGCCGGGAUUUACAGUACCGUCCGAGCCAGAACUCCAGAUGGCACAUGCCAGAGCUGCUGGGCCCCCCAGAGCCACCAGCCGCAGACGCUGGUGGCAUUUGAGACAGCGAUGGGGGAUGGUGGGACUGUUUGAGGUCAACCAAGAGCACGAGUUCUACCAUCUGACAUGCAUGAUUAAAGAAGGCAUGCAUGCUGCCAUCCAGACCACUAUGGAGACAUCAGGCCAGGACACACCUGCAGCUGUGGAGUUCCUGGUGAAGCAAAAUCAUGAGGGGUUUGAGAUGCAGACAUUUGCAGCAUCAGUGUUUGCGAAGCUGAGGCGUUCACUGGACAUCACGAGUGAUGAAUACAUGAACUCCUUCUGCUCCGAAGAUUGCUACCUGCAGUUUGUCAGUAACUCCAAGAGCAAGGCCGAUUUCUUUAUCACGAAUGACAAGAGAUUCUUCCUCAAAACUCAGAGCAAACGUGAGGUGAGGUUCCUGCUGUCCAAUCUGCAGGCGUACAUGGACCACCUGGAGAAAUACCCGCACUCGCUGCUGGUGAGGUUUCUAGGUGUCCACAGGAUUGUUAUUCCUCAUCAAAUGAAGUACUUCAUAGUGAUGCAGAGCGUGUUUUACCCUGACGACAGGAUCGAUAUCAGAUACGACAUUAAGGGCUGUGAGGUGGGGAGGUGGACUGACCCCGACACAGGUGGGAAACCGAUACUAAAGGUGCUGAAGGACAACAACUUCAAAGGACAGUGCAUGGCGUUAGGUCAAGAAGUGUCCUGGUUCUCCAAUCAAGUGAGAGUGGAUGCUGCCUUCCUUCAGGGGAUGCGCGUGCUGGACUACAGCCUCCUGCUGGCCCAUCAGCCGCUGCACACCGAUGAGCUGGAAGGGAAACACUCUUUUGCAAACCUUGUUAUGCGCACCACAAAGAGACAAAGAGCACUGCAACACGAACCAGGAGGGACUCAGAACUGCAGGAAUUCCUUGAGCAUCACCGCAGGCUCCUGCCCAACUGCAAAAAUGCAAUCCACGUGGUGGAUGGACCAGAUCAUCGCUACUUUGUGGGCAUCAUAGACAUCUUUACUGUGUACGGCUGGAAGAAGAGACUGGAGAAUGCCUGGAAAUGUGUCCGCUACCCAGGCAGGGCCUUUUCCACCGUCCGGCCCACCAAAUAUUCCCACAGAUUCUGCCAGUGGAUUCAGGACCACUGCCAGUGACACAAAGAUGAAACCAUCAGCACUGAAGUGUACCGUCGUUGUUGUGUUUCUGUCAUGUGACUCCACCAGGGGGCGAUCACGUGCAUCCGUGCACAGGGACGUGUGUAGAGGCUGUUGUGUAUAAUGAAGAGAAUUGAAAACUUCCAGCGUUGUCUGUGUGGAUGUUUACUUGUUGUUCCCCUUUAGUUUUUAUAAAUACUUGUGUUUUUGUGCAGCAGAAGGAACCACUCUCACUCCUCAACACAGUACGGCCCAACUGUUUGUUGGUAAAGAGAGUCCACUCCAAUGAGGUCAUCUCUGAAAUAUACAAACACUGACAUCACAUACUUUCAGAAAAAACUAAAAUUGUCAACCCGACGGGAGGAUUUCCUGGCCGUCUGCUGCUCAUCAGCUGCUACCCCAGCUAGUCGUCAUCCCAAUGAGACGACC